GCUCAGGUGUGUCUGCCUCCUCCCUGCCUGCAGGAAGCUUUAAAAGCUGUUUGUCUCUCCUGACCUGCAGUUCUCUGUCAGACUCCCAGCAGAAACGUGUCUGAAGCUGCUGGAACAAACAGCAAUAUGAGGUUCACAACAUCAGCGCCCAGAGAUAAUGCUUCUUUAGUGGAUGACAACGUUUAUGAUGAUGUCAUGGUUUCAAAACAACAAGAUGUUUCUUCUGAUGACGUUUAUGAUGAUGUCAUGGUUUCAAAACAAGAUAAUGUUUCUUCAUCCGCUGAAAACCAGCUUUCGAAGCAGAAAGCAAAUCUGCAGCAACCUGGACGGGACAGGAAGUCCAAAAUAUCUCCAGAACGCGCUGUCCUGCUGGUUCUCAUCACUCUCUUGGUCGUUGCAGUUUUUGCUCUGAGCAUUACUGUAUUUUAUCUGAUGAAAAAUGAAAGAUGCCGAACCCUGAAGGAGGAUCUGGAAUCACUGAAGAUGAUUGUUUUAGAUGAGACAUGGCCAAAGUGUGAAGCCGGCUGGGAGCGAUACGGAGGAAGCUGUUAUUUUUUCUCCAACUCUACAUCCUCCUGGAAUGACAGCAGACGUUCCUGCGCUGAUCUGGGAUCAGACCUGGUGAAGAUCGACAGCAGAGAGGAGCAGAUGUCCCUGGAGAUCAGACUGAGGGAGACAAUCAAGAAUAAUGAAACGUUCUGGAUCGGACUGACCUACUCAAAGACAGAAGGCUCCUGGUUGUGGCCAGACAGAUCUCCACUGAACACAAGUUUGAGUUUCUGGGCUCCUGAACAGCCUGAUGCUUUGGGUGGAGCAGAGGUGGACUGUGUGUGGAUGAUGAAGACAGAAAACCCUGCAGAGGUCCGGUGGUAUGAUAGACGUUGUGAUGAUGAUCUGAGAAGUAUCUGUGAGAAAGAUUCAAAAAUCCAGCUGCGUUUCUGUGUGUGAAGUUCAAAACAGAUCUCUGCACAUUUAAAAAUAUUCUUUUAAAAACACAUUAAUAGAAAAUUACUCUGAUUUUAGAAGAUAUUUACUUUAUUUUUAUUUGUAAUAACAGCAAAGUUCCAGUUGAAUAUGUAUAAUUAAUAAAGAUUUUUCAGCUUU